AUGCCCCAUUCGAGGUUCCAGGAUAAUCUAUGGAAACCAGAAGUCCCUAAACCACCUUUGUGCAUCCCUUAUUCCUCCUUCUUCCCAGAAGUGUUCAUCAGUGAGUCCCUCCUCAUUAGUCUGGACAGGGACAAGCCUAGCGGAAAGACUUCCCUGGAGCCAGAGGUAGCGAUUCACCGGAUUAGAAUCACCCUCACCAGCUGCAACACGAAGUCUUUGGAGAAGGUAUGUGAUGACCUAAUCAGAGGCGAGAAGGAAAAGAAUCUCAGAGUGAAAGGACUGUUGUGUACCCCUACCAAGACUCUGAAAAUAACUACCAGGAAAACUCCUUGUCGAAGGUUCCAAAUGAGGAUCCACAAGUGACUCAUUGACCUGCACAGUCCUUCUGAGAUUAAGCAGAUCAUUUCCAUCAGUAUUGAGCCAGGAGUCAAGGUUGAAGUCACCAUUGCCGAUGCUUAA